AUGUCCCUCAAGAAGACAGCAGACUCUGAGAAUGACUCGGUCGUUUACUUCAAUGACACUGACGAUGAACUGACGUUGGAAAAUGAAAAUCAGAAAAAGGGUGGUUGCGUGGGCUAUCUGCGUGAAAACCUCUUCGUGAUCCUCAUCCUCAUUGGAGUGGCCGUGGGAUUUGGAAUCGGAUUUGGUGUAAGACAGUUGAAACCUUCACCAGUGGCGAUUACAUGGAUUGGUGAGCUUUUGGCUUUGUCACUUAGCUCCCACCACGUCUUAUUGCACUUUAAAUAA